GUAUAUGCCGCGCCGGAAGCGGCGAGAGGCACGUCGGCUUCAGCCUGCAGAGGAUCCCUGUGACUGGUCAGAGCUGCCAGCGCCGCCGUGGUCCGGGCUCUGCGCGCUGCCGGGCUAUGAGCAGAGCUCUGGGCUCAGCUCCCUUUAAAGGCAGGCAGUAGGUAUGCCCCCUGGGAGUCGGCGUAUGUGUGCAAGCGCCUGAGCGAUUCCUUUGGAGAUCGGAGGCAAAACUCGAUGAUCCGUUUUGCAUCAUCACCAUCCACUCCCUUCUGUUGUUGUCGUCUGGGGUGGUUUCGGCUUCAGCCUUCCUAACGCGCUUCCUCGGACGCUGCUGGAGAGCAAGCUUGUCUACUCCGUUUGCUCUUAUUAACGGGCUUAAGAAGAUCUCUAUUCUCAGGUGACGUGCUUGAGCUUUAUUGUUGCAGUAAUAAAGCGUAAAUAGAGAAGAGUGGGUGCUGAGAGUGACCUCAUGUAGCUAGCCGGCUGUGGCUGCUUUGCCCUUACUGUAAUGGAUGAGUGGAAACCCAACCCACCGGCCAAGCCAUGGAAGAAGCGCAGCUGGUACCUGGCCUGGAAAUACAAGAUGACAAACCAGAGGGCACUAAGAAGGCUGUGUCAGAUGGGGGCUAUCCUCUUCUUGCUGGUGACUGUCAUAGUGAACAUAAAGUUAAUCUUGGACACUAGAAGAGCAGCCAGUUUAGAGGAGGAAUCUGCUCAGGAUUAUGAUGAAGGCUUGCAGAACCUUGAGAUUCCACGCCGGCCUGUCAAUAGUAGGAAAGUUCUGGAUAUUGAGGUGUACUCCAGCCGCUCCAAGGUGUACGUGGCAGUGGAUGGGACAACGGUUUUGGAAGAUGAAGCCCGGGAGCAAGGCAGAGGCAUCCAUGUGAUCGUCUUAAAUCAGGCUACGGGUCAUGUGAUGGCAAAGCGGGUUUUUGACACCUACUCUCCACAUGAGGAUGAAGCCAUGGUUCUCUUCCUCAACAUGGUUGCCAGAGGCCGCAUCCUUAUUUUCACCAUUAAGGAUGAGGGCUCUUUCCACCUCAAAGACACAGCCAAGAAUCUCCUGAAGAGCUUGGGGAGCCAGGUUGCAGCUUCCCUCAGCUGGAGGGACAUGUGGACCUUUGUGGGAAAGAAAGGAGGUGAGGUCUAUGGUGAGAAACAUGCCAAGUCUCCGGUGCUGUCGUCAUGGGGCGAGCCAGUCUUGCUGAAAACUGAAGUCCAGCUAACCUCUGUGGAAGAUGCAGAAUGCCACUGGCCUGAUACAGAGCUGAACCGAAGGAGGAAACGCUUCUGUAGUAAGGUGGAAGGUUAUGGCAGCGUCUGCAGUUGCAAGGAUCCCACCCCUAUAGAGUUCAAUCCUGAUCCACUCAAGGACAACAAGGUUUUUGAUGUACCUGUUGCCGUCAUUGCAGGGAACAGACCCAACUACUUGUACAGGAUGCUGCGGUCUCUGCUGUCAGCACAAGGGGUCAAUCCUCAGAUGAUAACAGUCUUCAUUGAUGGGUAUUAUGAGGAGCCUAUGGAUGUGGUAGAAUUAUUUGGCCUAAAGGGAAUCCAGCACACCCCCAUCAGUAUUAAAAAUGCCAGAGUUUCCCAGCACUACAAGGCCAGUCUGACUGCAACAUUCAACUUGCAUCCGGAUGCCAAAUUUGCUGUGGUGCUGGAGGAGGACUUGGACAUCUCCAUUGAUUUCUUCAGCUUCCUAAGCCAGGCCAUCUAUUUGCUGGAGGAAGAUGAUAGUUUGUACUGCAUCUCGGCCUGGAAUGACCAGGGUUAUGAGCACACAGCUGAGGACCCCUCUCUCCUGUAUCGUGUGGAGACCAUGCCAGGCUUGGGCUGGGUGCUGAGGAAAACUCUUUACAAGGAUGAGUUGGAGCCCAAAUGGCCAGCACCAGAGAAGCUCUGGGACUGGGACAUGUGGAUGCGAAUGCCAGAGCAGCGCAAAGGCCGCGAAUGCCUCAUCCCGGAUGUCUCACGUUCGUACCACUUUGGCAUUGUUGGUCUUAACAUGAACGGCUACUUCCAUGAAGCCUAUUUCAAAAAGCACAAGUUCAACACUGUUCCCAAUGUACAACUUAAGAAUGUGGAGAGCUUAAAGAAAGAUGCAUACGAGAUUGAAAUCCAUCGGCUGCUCAGUGAGGCAGAAGUUCUGGAUCAUAGCAAAAACCCCUGUGAAGAUUCCUUUGUACCAGACACAGAAGGGAAGAUAUAUGUGAUGUACAUCAAGAUGGAGCAAGAAGGAGAUUUCACCACAUGGACUCAGCUUGCCAAGUGCCUCCAUAUCUGGGAUCUGGAUGUCCGUGGGAAUCACAAAGGGCUAUGGCGUCUCUUUCGGAAAAAGAAUCACUUCCUGGUAGUAGGAGUCCCUGCCUCUCCAUAUUCAAUCAAGAAACCCUCUUCAGUCACCCCAAUAUACAUGGAGCCCCAAGCUAAGGAUGAGGCUGUGGGAGCCGUCGCUGGAGCAGAGCAAACGUGAAACAGGGCCUGGAAUGCUUUCCAUAUCACCUUCCCAGCCUGUUGGGAAGAGGGGCACAGGAAGCCUUGGAGCUCCGUGAGAUCCGCGUGCUGCUCUUUUCUCCAAAGGACUUGGGAACAGGGCAAGGCAAAAGGGAGCUGCCCCCUGCCCUGAGGCCGCUGCUGAGUGGAUAUGUUGCCCUGGGAAGUCAUGAGCAGGCACCUUUUAAUAUUUUUGUAAGCCGCUGCAACCAUGUGAAUGUUUCAUUUUUUAACACUGACGCUUUUAAUACUAAUUGUGGCCACCCUUUCCCCAAAUUGGGGACUGAGCCAGCAGGAGCUGUAGGAAACAGGUUGGUUUCCUUGAGGAGCUGUUCCCACACCACUACUUGAGGACUCACUUUUUAUUUAUUAACUGUGUGUGUCAGUCAGCAUCCUUCCAAAGGCUGUUGCUCUCUUUUAUACUUCUGGUGUUUUUCAAAUGGGUUAUUCCAGUGAGAAUCUAAUCCCUUGAAAGCAUGUGGGGGCCACUCUUCGGACAGGAACUAACCCCACCAUGGCCUGCCAAACAGCUGCAGAGCAGACGGUGCACCUGCAAACAACAGAUGGUGUUGUGCCAGAGAUGGAAGCUUGGAUAUGGCUUGGCUUGCUGGAAAGAAGGAUGCAACCCACAAAUGAACUGCAUGUAUCAGUACUGUGGACUAAUCCUGGAUGGCUGGGCUCAGAGUUCUCUCCCUCCUUUCUGCCCACCCCUCCUCCCAGUUGAUAGGGAUUACCAUGCAAGAAGGUAAUCCCAGCUUUGGUGGCCUCCCUGUGGGUUCCCCUGGUUUGAAGGCCACGCUUUUUGGCUGAAACUUUCACCGAGAGCCAGACUAGAGCGCAGUGCUCGGUAGUGCUGCUGUUCUAUAGCUGCAGCACAUCUUCUACAAAGCCCCAUAAAGAGUCAAGUGGGUGCAAAAAGUGCCUUGAGUUGAGGGUGUUUUAGCCUAGGAGGCCUUUGUGUUUGCUGGCUCAUUACGGUAGAGAUGGAGUGAACCAGACCUUAAUUCUGCCGCUCCUUUUGAAAGAAGGCUGCUGUAGGCUCACAAACCCAAGCCCAGGAAUGACAUUGUCCCCCACCUGGUCUCCUGUGGGGAGAGCUGGGGCAGCAGCUCCCCAUGACAGGCUGUUUGUACCAGCAAACUAGGCCAUGCCUGCCAGAGAAGCUCGCUCCUGCCCUGCCUCCUGUGUUGCUGACAGGACCUGGGUCUUGUUCUACCACAUUUUAAGCUGGUCCUCUUCUGUUGAGGCCCCAGUGGCUGAAGCACUUUGCUCAGAAGGAAGAGCUACAGGAGCUUCUAUGCCAACCUUUCCCAACCUGGUGGCCUUCUGUUGUAUGGGACUAUAACUUUGUAAUGCCCCAGCCAUCUGAUUGGGGAUUAUUAGGGUUGCAAUCUUACAGAUUUUGGGCAGAGCCAGGCUGGGAAGUGUUGAAUGCCCUCGGGGAGGAUUUGAUGAUAAGAGUCCUUCUGCAACUGGGUGGAGCUGGCAGAGAGCAGAGGAAGGUCAGCAAUUCAGGGAUAAAGAGGGAAUUGUGUUUUCCUCUUCCACAUCCUGUGCCUUAUAAGGUGAGGAGGGGCCUUGGGUCCAGAUAGAAUGUAACUUUCAAUCGAAUGUGUCAAUGAAAAGGAGUGCUGCCACUUCGAUGGUUAGGUAGGUUGUGGUUCCUCUUCUUUUUCCUUACUCUCCACCUCCACACUAAUCAGAUGCAUAGAAGAGUUGGCUGAUGCCAUCUGGGAAUCUUUAAGGACAAGAAGGGAGGUUGCAUGGAGAGGAAGCAGGGCAAGAAGGUAGAGAGCACAGUAGUUUAUCUGAGAAAAAAAGCAGCUGUGAGUCCCAUCAGCAAGACACCAUUCUUGUCCACCUCUCUCCCUCAGCUAGGUUUCUCUCUCAAAUUGUGAAUGUCUUGCUUCACACGGGCAAGCUUGAACUUAAAAAAGCAAACGGACUCACUCUGUUUUUGUCCAUACAUGAGCUGGAGACCACAGAGGAUUGUUGGGGUCCUGGAUGGAGCCAUUGCUUGAGUCAGAUGGACAGCAGUGCCAGCCAAGUCACCUGGAUGUGAACUGGUGAUAGUUACAGAGUGCUGCAGCAGCUGCACAAUCUCAUUUGGAAGGGAGAGGGCAGACUAUGCAGUAUUUCUGCCUCCCGUGGCCCUUGCUGUUGGCCUGGAUUGACGUAUGCAAUACAGGGGGCUGUCCUCCCACCUCUGGAUGAGUGUGGCCCAGAGAGAGAACACAGCAGCACACACCUGGGAAGAAAAGCUUGUGCUGCCGCUUUGUUAAUAGCUGGCCUUCAGACUGUCUGUGGCCACUCCCCUGUCACUCUCCCAAGUACACAGAGGAUGAAACCUAGGGCUGCUGUACACAUUUGGAAAAGAAAGGCUCCCCAUUUCCCCAUAGUCUCUCUCUCUCAUGGCCCUUCUCAGCCUUGGGCCUUGCAGGUGUUUCAGACUUCAGCUCUCUGCAGCCCCAGCCAGCAUGGCCAAUGGUCAAGAAUGCUGGGAGCUCUCGUUCUUAACAUCUGAAGGGCCCCAAGUUGAGGCAAGUGCUGUAAAGUGGAGGGGAGAUGCUCAGGAAAUGUAGCUCAGCAAGCUUUGGCAGAAGUUUAUCGUGUGCAGCUUUUAGGCAGACGAACUCACACAGCAAAGCUUUUUGUUACACAAUGCAUAGUGGCCUGAUAAAAAUUCUUGCCUUUUUGCUGGCAUACGAAAAGGCUCUCAUUCUGAAACUAUCAGUGCAUUUGUCAUUUUGUGGCAAAACAAUAUGAGACAUCCUUUUUGGGGGGGAGGGGGUGGCGACAGGUACACCAUCGCAUUGCAAUCAUAUGCCACUCUUAGGCUUUUGAGGAUGGAACAACUUCUCAGCCUAAGUCUGAGAAACCUGCCACUCCUGUAGAAAAACACAGCAUUUCCUUUCCUUCCAUGUUUGAUACCCAGAAUAGUUAGGGCUUUUAAGCUGGCUUGUUCCUUGGUUGAAUAUAAAGAGUUGAAGCAUCUAAUCAUCAUCACCAGAGGACCUAAAGGCUUCUUAUGUGACAGUUUGUGUUAGGAGCUCUGUGCAUCUUACUCAUUUACAAAAGCUGAGUUUAUUUCAGAUAGAGCUCUGCAGUCUCGAAAAGCUUCCACAGGAAAGAGAGAGAAGAGUGCAUUUCAGAGUUGAGGGCAGGGGGAAUCCUCAGGAAUUCAAGGCUUCUGCAUACUGAAAAUGUUUUGUCGUAUGUUCUUCCUUCCUAAAGCUCUAAAGGCCAUUGCCUCCUAAAUCUCUGAUGAACAGUGUAUGCCACCUACACACUUCAUCUGUGGAUUUCGAGAGGGGCAGUUUAUGUUUGCUUUUCAAUUCUUGCUCAUCAAGUGUGAAAAAUCAGGUCACUUUAUACAGCUGUUUUAUCAUAGUGACAAUCAAUGAUCAGAAAAGUCCUCUACUCUUUGCUUGCCUACAUCUUAUGACAUUAACAAAUAGGCACAAGUCCUUCCCUGCUUGACCAGAUGCAAAAGACCUUAUAGUGAUGGUGGCAUCAGAGGUACCAUGGAAACAUCAUCUUCCAGGAUGUGCAAAUGUAUGCAAACAUUGUGAAAAUUUGACUAUUUGAGAUCUUGGUUUGAGAUAACUAUUCCUCUCAGUCAAAACAGGCAAUUUAGUUUUGCAAAUGAAUACAGAAAACUUUUUGCUGUCUUUAAUGUACUGAUAUCUCAAAGAACAGUUAGAGCAAAUGACCAAGAAGCUACUUGCUCUGGAAAAAAAUGUCCCUGCCAAGUAGUUUAGGGCAAUUGAUGGGACAGGGGGUGCAAGAAAAUUUCAGCAAUAUUUUAUAUCUGUUAGUCAGUUUUCCUUGUGUUAACCUUAGAUUUUUUCUCUUGCCAAAAGUGCAUCUUCAUAAGGUUCCUUGUAGGAAUAUUUGUAUGAUGCUUUCAAACUGAGGUUUGGAAAGACAGAAUCUAAAAUACUUUCAUUGUUAAGGUACAGUCCAGCUCCAUUUAAAUUAGUGGAGGUUUUGACUUCCAUGGAAGGCAUCUUUCAACACAAAGCACUGCUGAAAUGGACAAGCGGGGGGUUUGCACCUAACUGGGAUUGGUUUCCAGCGGACCAAGCAUGCCUCUCUCUGGAUUGCACUGGCAACCUAUGCAUGCUCAUUCUCAUAAAUGCCACUGACGUGAGUGGGGCUUUGAGUAACCAUACUUGGAAAUGGGCUUUAAGCACGAACCAAAUGGAAUAAAACUGGCUGACUUUCCAUUCAGCCUCCAAUUCCCAUUUGAAAAUGAACCAAAUACAUUAUUGCAUCCCAUUAAUAAAGAUAACCUCUUACUACCCUUGCCAAACUUUGCAAAGAAAUCCAGGGAUCACAUACCCCUUACCUCAUUAUUUGUGAGCUAUGCAGAAAAUGGCAUUUAAAAUUUCAUUGACUACUAUUCCCUUGUAGUGUAAUUUGGCCAAAAGUCGUCUUCAUUUUGCUGUUGGAGACAGAAUCCUUAAUGAGAUGUGCUUCAUUUAAUCCAAGCAAGACCAAGGAUUAGUAGGGGCUUACCUGUGAAUUUUUCAAACCUGAAUGACAGCUGCUUUUGGAUUUUAAUUUUAAAUGAAAGGAAGAUAAAAUGAGUUCUGUCUUUGAGGUGCUAGCAUGAUCUGGACAUACAGUUACCUAGGACAGUGUGGAAGCUUCUGAUCAAGUUAUCUAAUUGCUGUGCCACUUCCUAUAUGUUUCUGUUAGCCAAGCUAUCAUUGCAGAGCACAAUACUGGAAUGCAGAGGUUCAUUCCUAUGCCUGUUUAGGCAGAAAAAGAUCCCACAACCUCCAGCAUGGCUGGCUGGGGAAUGCAGAAGGCUGUAGGACUUUUUCAGUAUAAACACACAUGGGAUUAUACUCCUAGUCUGCCAUUCCCUACAGUCCCUGAUUCUGGUAUGGUACACUGGGCUCCGCAGUGGCAGCUGGUUCAGCCUGAUGUAACUAUCCUGUUUAAAAGAUGCUGUCAGGAACAGACUUAACAGUUCUUGCUGCCUUUUGGUUUCCACUUGUUCUUUGCUCUCUCUCCUUUAUCUCCCCCUCCCCCUUUUAGUGCAGCCCUUUUUAUACUUAAGCAAAGAACGGAAUAGCUUCCUGGGCUGUGUGCUCCUUGAGAUCAUUGGCAGGAGUCCUUUCUUGCAUGCAGCUGGGGUGGGAGCAGGGUCUGCAUGCAGUAGGGUUGGCUGCUUUUUGGGAUCCAGUUGUCUUGAGUGUAUGUACGUGUGUUCCAGAAAUAAAGGUGGGAUAAGUUGUUGCA